CAAAGGUCAAGAUGUUUCUUAUGUACCGGUAUAAUGUUUUGUUUGCUUAGAAAAUUAAAAUCUUAAAGGAAGCUACAUGUUUACACUCUACAGUUCUGAUUUGAGAUUAACUCAUCAAAUGAUUGUGUGGCUACUUUUACUGAUAGUCACUGUAGUGCAAUGCCAAGAUUUUUGUCAUGUCAAUACCUAUAAUUCCUCAUGUAAGUACGCGUGUCGUUGUAAAGGACCUUGUGACUCUGAUGGCAACUGUAUAGGAUCGUCCUGCAGCGAAGGAUGGUUUGGUUCAGCCUGUCAAUACAGUGAUGUUGUUAUGACUGCAACCAUACAUCCAAAAAGAGCAGAAAGUUUACGAUCUAACUCAUCAGGACAUGACUGUGGACAGCGUUUCGGUCCUCAUUAUGUCUUAUUGACUUGGAUUGAAGAACAACCGUUUACAUGGUUGAGGAUCAUUAUACUAAAUCAAACUUCUCUUACAAACAUGAGUAUUAGUAUAAACAAUGCAUCAUGUGCAAAGACAAACAUCUUUUCUGUGGAUGAUACAACGAUGGACAUUGCUUGUAAUACCAACGUUUCCAUGACAACCUUAAAGCUUGAAGGAGAGGAUGUAGGAAAUAUUUGCACCCUGUUUGUCAGUGGAGGUCGUAAUUUUGCGCUAUUUCAAACAACAUAUGAAUCUUCAACUCACCUUUCGCCUUUGUAUGGUCCAUGGUUUGCUGUUGACGGACAAGUUAAACUGACUUGCAAUACUUAUGGUUGUUCUCAUACAAGCACAGAUGAUAGAAGUCCCUGGUGGACAGUGUAUUUUGACCAAGAGUACAACAUUAAUAAAUGUGUUUUAUAUAAUAGAAUCGAUAGUGAAAGACACCGAUUGAAUGGCUUCUUACUAGAAAUGCUGGACAGCCACAAUGCAACACUUGAUCAAUUCCAAGAUGACUCAAGUUCACCGAAACUUGUAUACUCUGUGCUAAUCAGGACUGGCAGCUAUAUCGCUGCAAGAGUCCGUCAGAAAAGUACAACCAACCCACAGCUUGUGACCUAUGUAUCUCUCAAUGAAUUUGAAGCGUAUGGGGAAUGUCUUCCCGGAUUUUGGGGCUUGAAUUGCAAAGAAAAAUGCCCACCAUUUUGUAAUACGUCCUGUCAUGCAGAACAUGGAAAAUGUAACACAAUAUAUAUUAGUUACACAGAUCUACCACAGUCUUCUAUUGGUCCAAAUACUCUAAACACAUAUGUUGUUAGUGGUAUAGGAGUUGGUGUCGGUUUAGUUGUGUUAGUAGUUGUUGGUUGCGUUGUUAAGAGACGAGUGGAGCGAAAACAAGAGACUAAUAUUGACAUUGUCGCAAAGUUACAGGAAGAACAUCAUUACGAAAAUGUUAAAAACAAAGACUUUUACGACACUGAGUUUCUACGGGAUAAUAACUUCUGUGGAUCCAUUGAAGACGAGGAAAGACAGAGAGAGAACGAGAGGCAUUAUGAAAUGUUGUCAGGUGAAAACCAAUAUGACAAGUUAGCAUUAGAGUAUGAAGAUUCGAACGGUGUACAUUAUCAAAAUUUUGCAAGCCUCAAUCAAGAAUUAAUGUAAAAUAUACCCAGACAAAAACCAAAGGUACAAUGUUUUAUUAAUGAAAAAAAAAUAGAUAAAAAAGUAAAAUCUAUUUUUUUUGUUUGAUUUUUUUAAAUAAGAUUUAGAUAACGUACUUGUAAAGUUGUUAUUUUUCUUUUUAUAAUGCCUCUAUUCAAUUCAGAACUUCUUGGAACCUUGAACCUUUUUAAAACGCUUCUAAACAUUUUUCUAGACAUUUAACAGUUGAUGUAUAUCUCUGAGAAAAUAAUUACUAGCUCGUUAGCUACACGGGAAAAAAACUCUAGUUUGAUCGUUAAUAUUUUUAAGUAGAAAAUUAAAUAUCUUUAAAUUUGGAUAAAGAUCUGUAUCUAGGAUUUUAAGUCAAGACAAAAAAGCAUUGGUUUUAAAAGGCCUAUUUGCGUUCUUGAAAGGACUCUCGUGUUGGGGAGUGCAUUGUAUAAUUGAUUCAAGAGUAUAAUAAUUAAUGUUCCGGAAAAUUUUAGGAAUCUUUUUCUAGGUCUAGAUUUAAAAGCCACAGGAAUUAUUCAAUAAUAAUAAUUUAAUUUAUUUUGCAAUAUCUGAGUAAAUUAAAAGUUAAAGUAUAUCAAAGCUUUACUUUAUUUUUCAAGUAAAUAUAAUAAUAAUAAUAAUAAUAAUAAUAAUUAUUAUUAUUAUUAUAUCUUUUAUAUAGCGCUACUUUCAUGCUUAUAGCAUGCUCAAUCUCAUUUGUGGACCAGUGGGGGGGGGGGUAGGGGGUAUCUAGGAGUUGGUUUUCCGUGCUGCCUUUAGGUGUCGAACCUCGAGCCCCUUUCUAGGUAGCCAAGACAAGCCAAAUUCAAGCGCACUUAGUCGCUCGGCCACGCUUCCACAAUGAAGAGUACAUAUAGAUUCUAGAUAUAAAGAUCUUAAAUAUCUUAAUAGUUCUAAAUCAGAAGAGGACUAAAUCUAGUGUUAGAUCUUGAUUUCCAUGUAAUGAUAUCAAUAAAAUAUAGCAAAAAUAUUCCACGCCCUCUGACCGAAUUCGUAGAGACGCACGUUUAUGUGUCAAAAUGACGGGUUUGAAUCCCAAUAUAUACCAAUCAUAUUUUCUUGGAUUGAUUUUUUUAAAUUGUAUUUUUAAAUUGUUUUUCUUUUUUAAACUUAAUUUUGAAUAACGUGACAUGCAAUAAUUUUCUGUAUACUGUGGUCUAUCAUUGCUUAUUAUGUGACAUUUUAUAAUGCAUGUUAAGGUGUAUGCUGUGCAGUCAUUUAAGAUGCCUUCCUUCUAUAUAUAUAUAUAUAUUAGAGUAGACAUACGCGACAUUAAGUUCUAUAUCAGUUAAAGGAAGGAAGGCAUCUUAAAUGA